CUCGGCGUCCGACUGCCCGCCGGCCCGGCGCCCCCCGCCCGCAGACCGCGGCGCCGGCGGGCGCUGGCGCGAUGGGGGCGGCGGAGCCGCUGAGCUCGGCGCUGUGGGUGAAGCGGCGGCGCUGCGCCGUGAGCCUGGACCCCGCGCGCGCGCUGCUGAGCUGGUGGCGGAGCCGGGGGCCCGGGGCCGGCGUCCCCGGCGCGGAUGCCUGCUCGGUGCCGGUCUCUGAGAUCAUCACUGUUGAAGAGAAGGACAUUCACGGGAAGCACUCCACCAGCGGAAAAUGGCAGAAAAUGGAGAGGCUUUUCGCUUUCACGGUGCACUAUGUGAAGAGAGCCCGACGGCACCGCUGGAAGUGGGGGAAGGUGACCUUCUGGUGUGCCGACGAGCAGCUGUGUCACCUGUGGCUGCAGACGCUCCGGGACCUGCUGGAGAGGCUGACAUUGAGACCAAAGCAUUUACUGGUGUUCAUCAACCCCUUUGGAGGGAAAGGACAGGGCAAGCGGAUAUACGAAAGGAAAGUGGCACCGUUGUUUGCAUUAGCCUCCAUCACCACCGACGUAAUUGUUACUGAGCGUGCGAACCAUGCCAAGGAGAGUUUAUAUGAGAUCAAUCUAGAUAAAUACGACGGGGUCAUCUGUGUCGGCGGGGAUGGCAUGUUCAGCGAGAUCCUGCAUGGCCUGAUUGGCAGAACGCAGAGGAAUGCCGGCGUGGACCAGAACCAGCCCCGGGCAGCGCUGGUGCCCAGCCCGCUCAGAAUUGGCAUCAUCCCCGCAGGGUCAACAGAUUGUGUGUGUUAUUCGACGGUCGGCACGAACGAUGUGGAAACGUCAGCCUUGCACAUCAUCGUGGGGGACUCGCUGUCCAUGGACGUGUCCUCCGUGCACCACAACAGCACGCUGCUGCGCUACUUCGUGUCGCUGCUGGGCUACGGCUUCUACGGGGACAUCAUCAAGGACAGCGAGAAGAAGCGGUGGAUGGGCCUCGCCAGAUACGACUUCUCAGGGUUGAAGACCUUCUUCUCACAUCACUGCUAUGAAGGGACCGUGUGUUUCCUCCCGGCCCGGCACACCGUGGGGUCUCCACGCGACAGGAAGCCCUGCCGUGCAGGAUGCUCCGUCUGUAGGCAGAGCAAGCAGCGGCUGGAAGAAGAGCAGAAGAGGCCCUUGUGUGGUCUAGAGAGCACGGAGGAGGUGGAGGAGUGGAAAGUCAUCUGCGGGAAGUUCCUGGCCAUCAAUGCUGCAAACAUGUCCUGUGCUUGUCACCGGAGCCCCAGGGGCCUCUCCCCGGCUGCCCACUUGGGAGACGGGUCUUCUGACCUCAUCCUCAUCCGGAAAUGCUCCAGGUUCAACUUUCUGAGAUUUCUCCUCAGGCACACCAACCAUUAUGACCAGUUUGACUUCACUUUUGUGGAAGUUUAUCGAGUCAAGAGAUUCCAGUUUACGUCGAGGCACGCAGAGGACGAGGACCGCGAGCUCAGGGAGAGGGGCAAGACGAGGUUUGGGCAGAUCUGCAGCGACCACCCCCUGUGCUGCUGCACCGUGUCCAGCAGCUCCUGGAACUGUGAUGGGGAGAUUCUGAGCAGCUCUGCCAUCGAGGUCAGGGUUCACUGCCAGCUGGUUCAGCUCUUUGCACGAGGAAUUGAAGAGAAUCCUCAGCAAGAAUCACACAGCUGAGACGCCGUCACCCACCGCCCGCCUUCUUGCCGUGCUUGGGAAGUGUGACAAUUAUUUAAGAAGAUUACUGCAGACCAAUUAUGUUGAUAUAUACAUUUAAAUUUAGAAAUUUACUUUUGAUAGUUAAAUCUUGAUUUCAGAAGAAAUACCUUUUGUCACCAAUUUUGUGAACAUAUUUGGCAUUUUCAGUUCUAUGUGAAUCUUUGGGUUGCGUUUCACGUGACUUAUUCUCAGCAAAUGGCACUUGUUGAUUUGGGCUGCUGGCUUCUUAGAGUGUAACGAUGCUGACAGCGCAGAUUAAAGCGGCCCCUUAGUGGCUCUAGUGCAGUAAUUUUAGAGACAACAGAAGUGCUUUCCGUCGAGCUCACACCAUCUGGACAUGAGGGAUCUCCCGGUCCCUCUGAGCUGCUCUGCAAGGCUUACUCUGUGGGAGUUUGUGAUCGAGUUUUGGAAAGUACUCAUUCAUUCUCUUUGCCUUCAUUUUCCCUGUGUCUGAAUUGAUGACUAGGACAUUAUUAUGGGACCCUGUCCAUCUCGUGCAUCUGCAGUCUAGUCGUGCUUUAAGCGACGCUUCAAGAGUGGACCAUUUAGUGAGAAUUAAUUACUAAAAGUAACAACGCUUUAUCUUUAAAAUUGCCCUUCUUGCUCUCAUCGUGGCAGCAUUGCUAAGACAAUCCAGCCGGGAGCACGAACCGGCCCCGAGCUUGGGAACGCGCAGCUCGCAGAGCCCGGCCAGGGUCUGACUGUUUUAAAUUGAGAAUACCGAAGCUUUACAUCGACACAAAGGGGACAGCAGGGCUGGCUUUGGGGGAAACAAAGGAAGCUGGCCUGCGUUAACUUUAAGCCAGUGGGGGCAGAGCGCGGCCCAGGAGCAGGGGGUUACUCUGGUGGGGCCCCGAGUCUGCACACAUGGUCCAGGUGUGUUCUUUUCUUAUCCUCACCCUUAUGUCUAUAUAUUUGUUGACAGUUUUGUCCUUUGCAGCCCCCAGUAGUAUAAAUGGCUUCUUCGUCUGUGUUUGGUGGGCUUCCUGCUGCGGCUGCAGGGCUAGGGACUCCCCGAGGGCGCUCUCCCCGUCCCUGGGCGCCCCGUCUGUGUUCCCCAGCUGAGCUGCGGCCGCGUGUUCUUCGUAGCCACGCUUAUGUACAGGCAAGCUGUAUCUAAAGUAGCUCUGUCUGAAAUAUGAGCAGGUGAGCCUGUUACAAGAGGCAACGCUGCACCCUGUUGGCAGAUGCCGUCGGAGUGGAUUGUACUUCACGGAGGUUCAGUUAGUCACUUUAGCAUUUCACAGACACCAUCUAUUUUUAGACUUCACCUGCAGCGAUUUCUAUUUUGAAGUAUACAGGAAAUUUCCUAUUUCAUCAUUCAGUCCCACCCAGGUCAGACAAAAGGGCAGCUUUAGCGGUGGUUGUUUAAAUAGACCACGUUGUUAACGUAGUUGUGCAAGGCGAAUGGUUUAUUGAUGGGUGGUGGGUGAAAAGUCUGGGUAUCCAGAAGUAAAGGGACGCUGGCUGUGGCCGUUGUUAUGUUCGCUCCCGGCUGAGAAGAAACCAAAGGCGCACAAGUGGGCGCUCCGUGCGGGGCAGGGGCUGCUCCCGCGGGGCUCAGGGGCUCCGCGGCGGCCGCCCGACACUGCUCUGUGGAAUUGAACUACUUCACGAGGUCUCCCCAGAAACCUUCAGUCUUUACCGUCCCUGGUAAAUGUUCCCAAGACACUGGUCUGCCCUACAAUCCACUGCCAAUUUUAGAAAAAUGGUCCAGACCUGAGAGUAAGCAUUUUACGUUCAACGAGACACCCAGCCACACCACGUGGUGCCCGGCCGGCUUUGGCCACAUUUACUGACUGCGUGCUGCCACUCAACACUGCAGACCCUGGAACUGCUCUUGGGGGACUGUGUGACUGUGAACACGCCGAGAGCCCCUUGAUCAUCUGCGCACAAGGCAGAAGCACCGUGCAGACAUUCCCACAUGAGCUUCCCGUCUCCACGAACACGAGA